AUGCCGACGAAAAUGAAAAGCCGGCCACAGGUGUACCCGCGAGCACCAUUCCACAUCAUCCGAGCCAUAGCCUUCGUCUGCGCCAGUAUCGUGUCGGGGAUAUUGAUCUACUUCUGCGUCCAGUUGAAGCAUGACGACUUCAAACUGCCCUGGACGUUUAUAAUCAUCCUUGCAGCAACUCUUUCGUCACUCCUGACUUUAGUGCUGUCCAGCAUCAUCUACUCCUGCGCAUUCCUGUCGCCGCUCUUCAAUCUAUUGACCAACCUCCUGAUCCUGAUCGUUUGGACGGUCGGCCUGGCCCUGUUGACAUGGAACCUAUAUGGGGCUCUCGGGCAUAGCUGUAGCCGGGCGAAUUGGGGGUCGGACGACGGCAUGAUGGUGUGCCGGACGUACAAGGCGCUGUAUUCUUUUUCAUUAUUCGGCUGGCUCGCCCAGAUCGCCCAGAUCGUUCUCGACGUGCGCAGCCGCCGCACCCAGACUGCUUUGGGCAAAUACGACAAAAUGAUGGUCGACCCAACCCAGCAGCAGGCAGAUCUGAAGCUCGACGCCCUUGGCGGCAGCAACAAUAGCAGCACUCAAUCGGGGUUCUUGACCGACGCCAACACUCGCGAUCCUAAUGGCACUGGCGCUGAUGUACCCUACGGGAUCUACGACUAUCGCGGCGCUGAAGGCAGGCGUGCUCUCCGAGAAAGAGAAGGAGAGACACAGCGACUUAAUGGGGCCCAUAACACCAGUCCUUCGAGGGACCACAGGCCGACUCGGGCGUCUUGGGAUGCGGACAACGGGUAUGGACGCACCGGCACACCGUUGAGGGCGGCCGACUUCAAUUAUGAUCGUGAUCGCUAUGCGACUCAGACAGGAUACGGGAAUAGUGGUUAUGGAUAUGGGCCACACCGGUGA